GAACCAGAAACACAAUCACAAAAGUCCAAAAUGAUAGAGGCAGGUGACUCCUAAAGCUGACAGUUGCACAUUUACACGUCCCCUUUUCGAAAAAUAAUGUUAAUAAAAAUUAAAAGAAAAACCCAGUGGUUCAUUACCUACUACUACUAGCUCAGGCGAUUGUAAUCAAACACUCUUAUACAUAAACUACGCUUAGGCUUAAAUACUCCUCUACUUCUAUUUUUUUCACACAAAAAACUCUUUUAGGUCGUAGCCAAAUCUUCUGAUCUAAUGGAAAUUGAAACACAUCAACACCAGCUCCAUGUAUUUUUCUUCCCCUUAAUGGCUCAAGGUCAUAUAAUUCCAGCCAUAGACAUGGCCAAGCUUUUUGCUUCGCGUGGCAUGAGGUCAACCAUUAUCAUAACCCCUCACUUUGUACCACUUCUAUCCGAAGCAGUCAAUCAAAACUCGGCUUCAUCAGGUACCCAAAUCGACGUUCUCACGAUUCAAAUUCCCACUAAUGAGGUCGGACUCCCAAAAGAGGUGGAAAGUUUACACAUGGCUACAACACCUGAAAUGGCUGGAAAAUUCUUUAAAGCUAUUGGCAUGCUUGGGCCACAAAUCGAACAGCUUUUAGAGCAACACCGUCCAGAUGGUCUAGUGGCUGAUAUGUUCUUCCCUUGGGCUACAGAUGUUGCUGCGAUGUUUGGUAUUCCCAGGCUCAUCUUUCAUGGAACUUCUUAUUUUGCUCUGUGCGCUUCCUUUUGUGUGUUACGACAUGAGCCUCAUAAAAAGGUAUCUUCUGAAUAUGAAACAUUUAUCAUUCCCAAUUUUCCAGAAGAUAUUGAAUUCACAGCGAGCAGAGUACCUGAUUUUUAUAAAGAAGAUGCUGAACCCCAAUACAUAAAGUUGUUCAAGGAUAUACAUGAAGUAGAAAUGAGGAGUUAUGGGGUUCUUGUUAACAGCUUCUAUGAGCUAGAACCAACUUAUGCAGAUCAUUACAGGAACGUUUUGGGGAUCAAGGCAUGGCACGUUGGCCCAUUAUUCUUAAACGACAAAGGAAUGAUAACGAAAAGGGGAAUGGAAUCCUCGAUUGAUGAACAGGAGUGCUUAAAGUGGCUGGAUUCCAAGAAACCCAAUUCAGUUAUUUACGUCUGUUUUGGGAGUAUAACGAAUUUUGAAGAAAGACAGUUCAUGGAAAUCGCAUUGGCUUUAGAGGGUUCCAGGCAGCAAUUUAUUUGGGUUGUGAGAGAAGAAAAAGAAGGGAUUAAAGAAGAGUGGUUACCAGAAGGAUUUGAGGAGAGAAUGGAAGGAAAGGGAUUGAUAAUAAGACGAUGGGCACCACAAAUUGUGAUUCUUGGUCAUGAAGCAAUCGGAGGAUUCGUGACGCAUUGUGGUUGGAAUUCGACGCUGGAAGGAGUGUGCGCCGGCCUCCCGAUGGUGGCAUGGCCUAUUGGUGCAGAGCAGUUUUACAAUGAGAAGUUGGUGACUCAAAUUCUUGGAAUCGGGAUCGGAGUCGGUGCUAAAAAAUGGUCGAUGAAUGGGGGAGACUUUUUGAGGAGGGAUGCUAUAGAGAAUGCGGUGAGACGAGUUAUGGAAGGAGAUGAAGCCGAAAAAAUGAGAAGGAAAGCCAGAGGACAUGCACAAAUGGGCAGAAUGGCAGUCCAGGAAGGUGGAUCGUCUUACAAGGAUUUGGAUGCCUUAUUUGAAGAACUGAGAUUGGCUCGAGCCACCCGUGAUUCAGUUUAAGUAGAAUUUGUAACUAAGGAUGAUGUUUCUGUUUGUAAUGAUAAAAUUUACCCUGUUUCAUUCAUUCGGUCAAUUGUCUAAUUUACUUAUAAUUUUGUUAAGAGCAAAUAUUUGCUCCUGAACUACCACUAACCGGGCCUUGAUAAUGAUUUGUGAUAUUAAAAAUUUACCUGAAUUAGUGAAAUAUGAGACUUAUGUUACAUUUCGA